CAACAAAGGAGCUCGGAGUGCACAAGGACCGUGAGCCACCGUUUGUUGACAUAGAUGUGUUUAUGGGACGACAUGGACUCGAAUCGAACAGAUCCGGCGAGGUUGGGCCGAUUCCUCGCAUUCAACCCUGUUCCUGUUAUUACUUUCAUUCUUUUUUUUUUCUCCUCUCAGGCAGUGCCUGACUGACUGACUUUAGUCGGUUCAUCAAAUUUGAAGUUGCAUUGGAGAGGAUUCCCUUCUCCUCAUCGCACCUACCUUGUCUCCUCCUUACCUACUACUUACUCCACGUCCCCACACCCCGGGUCAUUUGCUCGACUGCCGGAUGCUCCCAUGGCCUCCCCUGGUGUCCUCUGAUCCACCCGGCCCGGUUUAUCUUAAUGACAUCCAUACCCUUAGGUACCUUAUAAGACGCCCCCGAGCCCUAGCAGGUUCUUUCUUUUGUAGUUUGGUUUUUUUUUGUUUUUUUUCUCCUCCGACUAUGUCCUCUCAUCCCGCCUGACACUUCCCCCCCACGAGGCGUCAAGAAGGCUGUGACUGACCGCUUUGGUCUGGUACUCGUCCUGUCACCGCGUGUCCUGGCCCUUCACCGUGUGUUGGAGCACCAUUUAUCACACCAUAAUCCAUACCACACACCCUGUACAUAUUACCUCCUCUUCCUCCUCCUCCUUCUCCCCCUCACUUUGAGUAACACCUCAUCUAGCCUUCAUAGCUAGCAGAAACAAAAACAGGUGUUUUCUCUAUCUCCUUUCAAGAUGCGGCACAUGCGACUUGGAGACUUGUUGUCCUUCAUAGGGCUCGCGUCGCUCACCUUUGCGUCGCCCCUGGCCAAGCGAGAAAUCCAGUACUCGCCAAACCGUGAAAAGGCUGAGGCGGUCAAGGCUGCCUUUCGCAGGAGUUGGGAUGGGUAUAUGCAACAAGCUUUUCCACACGACACCCUGAGGCCGGUCUCUGGAGGCUGGGCGGAUGAUAGGAAUGGUUGGGGUGCUAGUGCUGUCGAUGCCUUUGGCACGGCCAUUGUGAUGGACGAGCAGGCGAUUGUCAAGCAGAUCCUGGACUUUGUGCCGACUAUCGAUUUUGACAAGACGUCGAGCGAGAUUUCUCUCUUUGAGACGACGAUUCGCUAUCUUGGUGGUUUGGUCUCGGCAUAUGACCUUCUGACGGAGCCCAAUGGCAAACACGCAACGGGUAACGAGACCCUGGUCAAGGCGGUGCUUUCUCAAGCGGAACGUCUGGCGACGAACCUAAAGUUCGCUUUCGACACGCCAUCCGGAAUCCCUGACAACUCGGUUUACUUCAAUCCGUCACGGAGGGCUGGGUCGCAAACCAACGGGAUCGCAACCAUUGGUACCCUGCAGCUCGAGUGGACACGAUUGGCAGAUCUGACAGGAAACCCCGUGUUCUCUGAGCUGGCGCUCAAGGCCAACUCAUAUUUGCUCGACCCGAAACCGGCACUGGGCGAACCGUUCCCUGGCUUGCUCGGGACCAACGUCAACAUCACGACGGGCCUGUUUACUGAUGGAAACGGCGGCUGGGGUGGUGGCACUGACAGCUUCUACGAGUACCUCAUCAAGAUGUACCUGUACGAUCCCGACCGCUUUGGUCAGUACAAAGACCGCUGGGUGCUGGCUGCCGACUCGAGUAUCACAUACAUGGCGUCCCACCCAUCCACGCGCCCUGACCUCACGUUCCUGGCCGAAUGGAGGAACACUUCGUUGCGCUACAUCUCGCAGCAUCUCGCAUGUUUCGACGGUGGCAACUUCAUCCUGGGAGGCCUGACACUCCAGAACCAAAAGUACAUCGACUUUGGCCUCGCGCUGACCAACGCCUGCCACGAGACGUACAUCCAGACGGCUACAGGGAUCGGGCCCGAGGUUUUCCGGUGGCAGGACGCAUCCGCUGCCAACAGCAGCACGAACCCGCCACCCCCAGCAGAUCUCCAGGAGUUUUACAAGCGGGCAGGCUUCUGGAUCCCGCCAUCCAGCGACAUUGGUGGCGCGUCAAUCUAUCAGCUGCGGCCCGAGGUGAUCGAGUCCUUCUACUACGCGUACCGGGCCACAGGUGACACAAAGUACCAGGACUGGGCCUGGGAGGCCUUUCUCAGCAUCAACCGCACCUGCGCCGCCGGUACCGCAUACUCAUCCAUAAACGACGUCAACGCACCCGGCGGCGGUGGCUCCAUGGACUUCCAGGAGAGUUUCUGGUUUGCUGAGACCAUGAAGUACUCGUACCUCAUCCACGCCGAGGAUGCGCCGUGGCAGGUCAAGGCCGACCGGACCAACGGGUGGGUAUUCAACACGGAGGCGCACCCUAUGAAGGUCCACGGGCGACCUGGUUAAGGUUUCUUUCUUAAUAUCAUUACUUCUUAUGUUUUCGUUUGAUCCUACCGAGCCCUAACAGGCAAUGAAUGACCGAUUUAUUAUAUAGUUAGUCACAUGGCGAGUUGUGGCUAUUUUCCUCUUCUGAAUGUGGUCCCUUUUGUGCUUACUUCGAUGAUUAGCAUACGAGAAGAUGACACCGAGCAUUGAAUAGUAUAUGAUGUCUCGAUAGAAACAGUAUUAAUUGGUAUUAAUACAAAGUAGUGAAAUGUGAACA